CAAGUCCACCCUCCUCAAUAGUACCAACCACUAUCCCUGCAAAUAGCGCAAACAAGAAAAGGGGGAAAACCAGAAAAUAUGUCCCCCACCUUUCAAAUCCACUACUUUUCCACCGCCACCAGCUACACGGGCAAGCAGACGGAGCACCUCCCCGCCCCGCUCCCGCUUGUCGAGCUCUUCCCGUUGCUGGAGUCCCAAUAUCCCGGCAUCACGGAGGCGGUGCUCCGCAGCUGCAGCAUCAGUGUCCGCGAGGAAUAUGUGGAUGUCGAUGGGGAGGAGGGGCGUGAAGUAGUGAUUGCGGAAGGGGAUGAGGUGGCGGUCAUUCCGCCGGUCAGUUCGGGGUAGUUCUGUUGUUUCGUUUCCUUGGGGGUGGGAGGAUUGGAGAUGAGCUUAGGUGUGGUGUUUGGUUUGUUUUCUUAGUUUUCUCUUUCCGGGAUGAUAGAUUGUUGUCCGCUGAUUUAUUUUUGAUGGGUUUGUUUGAGCUAGCUUGGAUUAUUAUGACAUAGUACUAUGAGGGAGCUUUAAGGGGGGAGUAGGUUAUGGUGUAUGAAAGGAAAAUAGGGAAAAAUUGGGGGCUGACAAACGAAAGACAUGAAGAACAGCAGUUUCAAAUCAUCGGACAGAAAUAGGAACACGAACAAAAGCAAAAUGAAAGGAAGGAGGACACAUCCAUGCCAAACACACAUAGCAAAAGAAAAACGAAAAAAGAAAAGCAAACAGGAUGGUGGAAAAGAGGUUGUGGUACAGCACAGCACAGCAC